AUGGCAACUACCAAGGAAGUUGUUUCUCCAGUUAAACACAACUCACGUCAGUUUAAUUUAAUUCUUCAAGAGAAACAGGAACAGUUAUAUUCCGAAAUAUUUGAAGGGAAAAAUGUUAUUGAACUUAAUGUAAAUAAUAUGAUUUUUUAUUUACCUAGAAUGAAUGACUGUGUUGGUAUUAUGGGAAUAAUAUUAGAUAAGAACAGAGAUAGUAUUAAUAAAGGAAAACCAAUUAAAGUUACAUUAGACCAAACUCUGGUUCCUGCUUUUCAAAAAUAUCUUUGUUUUAUUGAUGACAAACGGUCAUUUAUUCCAGAAUAUGAUAUAAAAGAAUCUGUUGAAUAUAUUUCUGAUUUAUGUAGAUUUGGUACUCCUAUUCAGUUAGCUUUAAAUCAUGUAGUUCCAGAGUCUUUGAAUGACAGAAAAAAGAGAGAGGUUUUAUUAGAAGUCUUAAUCAAAGGAAUGACUUCAGCAUUAUUAAACUCAAUUAUGUUAUUCAAUGAAAAGAAAGAAUGCAAAAAUUUAUUUAUUCCAGUAUUAUUAAAGUUACAAGAUGAUAGUUCAAUAAUUAAUAAAUUAAAACUUUGGCUUGAAAUGUCUAUUGUAAGACCUAGACAUUGUACAAUUGCAUUUACUGGAGGUAUUAAUCUUAAUUCUCAAACAGAAAAAAAAUCUGUUUCUUUAGGUUCAGAUAUAAAAAGUUCAAAGUUGAAUUGUAAUAAUAACACUAAUAAUUGCAGUGCUUGUGAUAUAAUUUCUCAUGAAAAUUUAACAAAUAAUAAGUCAAAGACUAAUUGUAUGCAUAAAUCUGAAGUUUUAUUCAAGAAAGAAUAUAAAUACACUGAUAAACAAAUGUUUGGAUUAUUAGUAUUACAAUCCAUUAUUAGAGGAUAUAAGACAAGAAAGUUAUAUAAUAUUCAUGAUAUAAUUCAAAGAAAACAAUGCAUUAUUGAAUUACUUCAAACUGAACAAAAUUUACAUAAUAACAUGAAACUUAUGAAUAAAUACUUCCUUCAACCAAUGAGUAUGAAACAAAAAGAUAAAUUAUUUAAAAAGAAAGUAUCAAGCAUAUUCUUAACAUUAACGCGUUGUAUCAGUUCUUCUUCAAUUUUUAUCGAAAAGCUAAGUAAUAUAGUUGAACACUAUAAAGUAGAUAGUUGUGUUGGUAAUUCAUUACAAAUGCUUCUUCCAUACAUUGCCCCAUAUUUAAAUUUCACAACAGAUUACCAAAUCUCACUUUCUACUUGGAAAGAUUUAAAGAGAACAAGUGAUGUUCAAGAAAUUCUUCGUUCAAAUUUAGGGGUUAAAGAAUUAGAAAAUCAAACACUCGAAUUUUUACUCAUCCAACCUGUUCAACGAGUAAUGAGAUACCCGAUGUUAAUAAAAGAAAUUAUUAAAUUAACAAAUAAAAAUCAUCCUGACUAUCAACCUUUAAAAGAAGCAUUCAGAGAAUUUCAUUGUUUUAGUAAAAUUGCAAAUGAACGUUCUAAAAUGAGAGAUUCUUUACAACAAGUUGCAAAAGAACUUGGAGAUGAUGAACUACUUGUUGAUAAUCGAUAUCAUUUAUGGACAAGUGAAGUUGUUUCUAAAAUAGAAAGUAAGGUGUAUUUAUUUAACGAUAUGGUGAUGAUAUGUACCAAGCAAAAAAAUGGAAAAUGGUGUAUUUCAGAAACAAUGCAAAUUGGAGGAGAUGUUGAAAUUACAGUUAUAGAUAAAAUAGUAACUGUAAAAAAAUUUAGAUAUACAAAACCAUUAAUAUUUGAAUUAGAAAAUAAAGAAUUAGGACUAAAGUUUAAAAGUCAAAUAGAAGAAAUAAUUCGUGAUGAUUGGUUUAAUUUAAAUGAUGAACGAAGUUGGAUCGAUUUGGUUGAUAGAAAAAUUAAAGAAUCUUCAGACUAGUAA